AGCGAGCUCGGUUUCAACGGGAGGGGUGAUGCUCAUAAAGAGGCGAGUCUCCUGAGCUUCGUCUCGGACCUCUCAUCGCUCGCCGACGUUUCUCCGACGAUUCGGAGGCUGAGCUUUUGGCUGUCGGAGUGUGUCCCUCGAUAAGAUACAAAAAACAAUGGCUGACGUUGACGAUAUCCAGCCCCUUGUUUGCGACAAUGGUACUGGAAUGGUUAAGGCUGGCUUUGCCGGUGAUGAUGCACCAAGGGCUGUAUUUCCCAGUAUUGUAGGGCGACCUCGCCACACUGGUGUCAUGGUUGGUAUGGGCCAAAAGGAUGCUUAUGUGGGUGAUGAAGCACAGUCAAAAAGAGGUAUCCUCACCUUAAAGUACCCAAUCGAGCAUGGAAUUGUGAGCAAUUGGGAUGACAUGGAGAAAAUCUGGCACCACACCUUUUACAAUGAGCUCCGAGUUGCCCCUGAGGAGCAUCCUGUUCUGCUUACUGAAGCCCCACUUAACCCCAAAGCAAACAGAGAAAAGAUGACCCAGAUUAUGUUUGAGACCUUUAAUGUGCCAGCUAUGUAUGUUGCUAUUCAGGCCGUGCUUUCCCUGUAUGCUAGUGGUCGUACAACUGGUAUUGUGCUUGAUUCUGGUGAUGGUGUGAGCCAUACAGUCCCCAUAUAUGAGGGAUAUGCCCUUCCACAUGCCAUCCUUCGUCUUGAUCUCGCAGGGCGUGAUCUCACUGAUGCUUUGAUGAAAAUUCUGACUGAGAGGGGCUAUUCCUUCACUACCACUGCUGAACGGGAAAUUGUCAGGGAUAUAAAAGAAAAACUUGCCUAUGUGGCCCUUGAUUAUGAACAGGAGCUGGAAACUGCCAAGGGCAGCUCAUCUUUGGAGAAGACUUAUGAGCUUCCUGAUGGGCAGGUAAUCACUAUUGGUGCGGAGAGGUUCCGUUGCCCUGAGGUUCUCUUCCAGCCGUCUCUAAUUGGAAUGGAAGCUGCUGGUAUCCAUGAGACCACCUACAACUCCAUCAUGAAGUGUGAUGUGGAUAUCAGAAAGGACUUAUAUGGCAACAUUGUGCUUAGUGGUGGCACUACGAUGUUCCCUGGCAUUGGUGAUCGUAUGAGCAAGGAGAUCAGUGCCCUUGCCCCGAGCAGCAUGAAGAUCAAGGUGGUGGCUCCACCUGAACGGAAAUACAGUGUCUGGAUUGGAGGAUCCAUUCUUGCCUCCCUAAGUACUUUCCAGCAGAUGUGGAUUUCCAAGGAUGAGUAUGAAGAAUCAGGUCCUUCAAUUGUUCACAGGAAGUGUUUUUAAAUUCGAUUUCUUGAGGGAGCUACUACCGCUUUAUUCAGCAAGUAUUAUUAUUGCUAUUUUUUGCAUCUAAACUGUGUAAGUUGGUUUGGUGAUUGUUUCUGCUUUGCAAAGAUUGUGUCAGAAAUGUAUGUGACUAGGCCUUACUGGUAUUUGAAGUUGCUCAAAAGGGGGAAAAAAAGGAAAAAUCAAAAAUAAAAAUAAACAGUUGAUUAUUCUUGUAUUCAUUUGGACAAGCCAUGUAUCAAGUAUGUAUUUAAGGAUUUUAUUUGGUCUGUACUGGAGAAUGAUUUAUUUCCUUAUUGUUCUUAGGAUCAUCA